UCAGACGCAGCCUAUCAAGGAAAGAGCGAGGAAGACGGAGAAAGAGAAGGGGCAAGUGGAACUAAACCGGUUGCCGUCAGAAAAAGUGCAGAGACAGGGCGAAACCCUUUGCACGGGCGGAAGGACGGGCGGAUCUCCUGUUACAUUAUUGUAGAUAACGCAGGUUAUUCGAAACAGUUACCACUGGACGACCAUGAAUAAUAGUAAGAGGACUGUUAUAGUGACAGGUUUUGGGCCCUUUGGAGAACACUCUAUCAAUGCCAGCUGGGUGGCAGUACAGGAACUGAAAAAACUGGGGCUGGGCCAUGAUGUGGACCUGCACGUGUACGAGGUGCCUGUAGAGUACCAGACCGUCCAGAGCCUGGUGCCAUCGCUAUGGAAACAGUACCAUCCACAGUUGGUGGUGCACGUAGGGUUGUCAGGGAUGGCAACCACCGUCACCUUGGAGAAGUGUGGCCGCAACCACGGUUACAAAGGCCUGGACAACUGCAGCUUCUCCCCCGACACUCAGUGCUGCAUCGACGGGGGACCUGACUGCAUCGACUCCAUUAUCGACAUGGACUCUGUGUGCAAGAGGGUGACUGCCGCAGGUCUAGGGGUGGCUGUUUCUGUGUCCAAGGAUGCUGGCCGGUACCUGUGUGACUACACCUACUACACGUCACUGUACCUGAGCCGCGGACGCUCGGCCUUCGUGCACGUGCCCCCGCUGGGGAAGCCGUAUAGCGCCGAGGACCUGGGCCGGGCUCUGCAGGCCAUUGUCCACGAGAUGCUGGACCUGCUGGACCAGGCCGAGAACAAGAUCCACUGCCAGCACUGACGCUAAGCCACCUGCAGCCACCACACAGCAAAAGCCAGCUCCCAGACAGACCCACCCCUGGCCCCCCAAGAGGGAUUGUACUUAAACACAACCAGCCAGACAGAGCUGAUGACUCCCUCCCUCAGGCUCACCCCACCCCCUCCCCCCACACACACACACCUCACCGUCCACACAUUCCCAAACAACCCCUCUGAGAGAGAGGACCAAUAGGGUUGGAGGACUGGAGUGAGAGAGGGAGGGAGCGAUGGGAGAGAUUCAGUUUGGUGCGAACGUGCCCGUCGGUGAUGAGCGAGGAUGCCGCACGGGAGGGGAUGGUUAGACCAGCGGGUACCACAGGAUGGAGAACAGUUGGAACUCGCGGCAGCAUGGUGGACAGGAGGCCCAGUAGUAUAUCUGGCGAGAGUGCAGUUGGAGGGACGUCAGUGUGUCAGCAUGGUACAGUAACACACUUAUCACAGAUUCAGGCCCCUCUGAGUCCUCCCAUUAUUAUUCAACCUACAAACCCAAUCUUAUUUAUUUCUCUGUCAUUCUUCAAAUUAUUAUCUCAUUUAUUUACCAGCAUUUUCAUUUUUUGUCUCAUUGAACAGUUUUAUCUUCGAUAAUUAAAAAAAAAAUCAUUUAUUGAAGCCACAAAUAUAAGGUGCCAAUAGAAUUAUUGUGGAAAUACAGUUAACUGUGAUAUAUUGUACGCUCAGAUUUGCUGACUUGGUUUUUAAUGAGAUUUGGAUUCAGUGUGGACAUGUUCAUUUCCCACCUGUGGAAACAUUUUAAAGUGGAGGGUAAUAGUGAAAGCUCACUACUUUCAGGCCUACGGUGCUCCAAAUUUAUUUUAAAAAAUUCAGAGAACAAGCAAAGUAUCUUAAUAUUAAAUACUGCAUCUAAAGCCUUUCAACCCUUAACUUCUUUUAUUUUGGCUAAAACCAUGACUGGUUUUGUGAACCCAAGUCCUUUUCUUGAUACAAAUAGUUGAUGUGCUUUUAAUGUGAAACCCUAACUUCUGCUGUUUUACAUAAGGAAUACUGAUACUUCUGACAUUCUUUUUUUCUUUAUAAGAAGCUAUGCUGUACCUUCUGUUGCUAAGGUUAUUUAUGUCAUGUCGCUGGUUUGCUCUUUUUGUUUAUCGUCUUCUUGAUGACCGUUUAGGCUACACAGAGCAUUUAUUUUUAACCACCAUAAUGAAUUUUGUUUGUGUGUGUCAUCACAGUUGUGAAUGCUUGUGUCCUAUACAAAUUUUAUCACGGCUCAGCUUCCAGUAUUAUAAGAUGUACUGUAGAUAUACUGUAUGGCCUUUAUUCUGGAUUCUUCCUGUGAUGUUUCUCAAAUUUUGGAUGACUGUGAGUCAUAAAUAUGCCUGAUUUUAAUACACUCAGAAAAUGCGAUACUGUAUGCAGCAAUGUUCAUUUACAAUAAUCCAGACAUGCUUUUUUCAGUGUCUUUCUGGAUUCAAUUUUUGUUUUACUGUGAAUGUGAAGUUUAAAAUAUUCAACCUAAUUUGGUUGUUUUUAUCUUCAGUGUUGAGAAGAGUCACUUGGACUUGCAAAAUGAUUUAAUUUAAUUUAAUUGUUUUCCUUUUCCUUUAAUGGGAGAAAUUGGAUGUGAAUUGUGAUUUCAUGCAAGAACUAGUAUGUUUACACACAUGGAGCUAACAUACUCAAUUAUUGUCUGUUGCCUACUAGUUCUUUUCAGAAGGGUCAUAGUCCUUUCCAUAGAGUAUGUAACUAUUAUUUUCAUGAUCACAGUGCACCGGGGGCAAAGCUGUGUCAUAUUUAUGCACUUCAAAAUUCCUGAUUAUACUUGUAUACUGUACGAAUAUAUUCAAAUGUUUUCUUUCAUUGGAGUUCUAUACCACCCUCUAGUGGUGCAUGUGUAUAACACCCUGUAAACCACAUAUUUCAGCUGUCUGGAUUAUUCUGAUCUAUUCAAAUCAGUUUCAAACGUGUUAUCUAUUUCAGAGUUUUAGCUUUUAAGUAAGGGUUUUAACUUUAAUACCUUAUCAAUUGUUUGGAACAUCGCAGAUUUAUCUCAGCAUAAAAUGCUCUAUUUCAUCUUGGUUUCUGGUGAGUUGACAUGAAAUAAGCCUGCUCAUUCAGCUCCAUUGGCCAACACUGACACAAAAGACUCCUCUAAAAAGUUUUUAGUUAUUGUCUCUCAUAGCAGGAGCCUGUUUGUCCUGACAUUUCUGUUCCCAAGCAGCAGCAUUUCCACAUUGAUGAGAAAUAGACUCAGUCAGUGACUGAAUCUGGAACUGAGGUGUUUAAUGAAAAAUCAAAAUGACACCGAGUUAUACAGUGACUAAAAGGUCAUUUUGAGUAAAUUACUAGUCAUUUUCAUUAUGCCUGUCACCCUUGAAAUUAUAAUUGUGUUAUGAAUUUAGCUAUUGGUGGCAUCAAGGAGCAAAUACAGAAAACUGAUAUAUUCAGUGUUCAAAAAGGCAUAUUUAUUUCUUGCAAGUUUCUAAAUGUAAACUGACCAUCCGGUUACGAUAAAUGUGGUGCCUUUUAAACCAAAUUACAUAAUUGGAAAGGGCUUUGUAAAUCAUCGUAGAUAAAUAUUUCUCUGAAAAAAAUACUCUUGUUAAUCUGUCAAGUAUCUACAACCUAAGCCCCAAUAUAUGCUCUUUCCAAAAUUAAUGGUUUUACAUUGAGGAAAAAAUGUAAAAUGUAUACCUACCUCUUCUAUUGUUCCCUUAUUCUAAAUGUGAUUGUUGUUUAUUUUUGUGGUAAACCAUAUAUAAUUAUGACACCUAGAUUUAUAUCAAAGUCCUCUGUACAGGAAAUAUAUUUUCCCAUAAAUAUUUGGUAUAAGGCUUUUAAGCUGAACCAUGUCUUUGUAACUUUGUAAAUGACAAUGAUCUUGUCAUUGAAAAUGGCUGUACCGGCCAAAAAUUUCAAAAUGUUUUAAAAUAAAAAAGAUGAA